ACCCUUCAUGGUCCCGUUUUUAUCCAAGAGCCAUAUGAUAUCACUUAUUCCAUGGGCUCAGCAAAUCCAGAAAUCCUACUGAAUUGUACAGCUAAGGGAUAUCCACUCCCAUACUACAGGUGGAAGCAAAAUGGCACAGAUAUUGAUCUUACCAUGAGUUAUCACUACAGGUUGGUUGGAGGCAGCUUGGCAAUCAAUAACCCACAUAAAAAACAGGAUAUUGGAACAUACCAGUGUUUGGCCACAAAUUCAUUUGGAACAAUUCUGAGCAGGAAGGCAAAGCUUCAAUUUGCAUUUCUUGAAAAUUUUGAAAGAAAACCAAGAAGCACGGUGUCAGUCAGAGAAGGACAAGGAGUGGUUCUGCUCUGUGGUCCUCCACCACAUUAUGGAGGCUUGUCCUAUACGUGGAUCUUCAACAACGAUACCUUACGUGUUCAGGAAGAUAGCCGUCGCUUUGUUUCACAAGAAACGGGAAACCUGUACAUUGCCAAAGUAGAGCCGUCGGAUGUGGGCAAUUACACCUGCGCCGUAACGAACGCUAAAGCAGAGCAAAGCGUGCGGGGGCCACCCACUCCUCUCACUCUCCGCAGCGACGGUGUGAUGGGGGAGUAUGAACCUAAGAUUGAAGUACGCUUUCCAGAAACAACAUAUGCAGCGAAGGGCUCAUCUGUUAAACUGGAAUGCUUUGCCCUUGGAAAUCCUGUCCCUAGUAUUAGCUGGAAGAGGUCUGGUGGAAACCCAUUGACAAAGAAAAUUGAACACAAAACCAAAGGAGUUCUUGAAAUCCCAGAUGUUCAGCAAGAAGAUGAAGGCUCUUAUGAGUGCAUUGCAGGAAACAUUCGAGGAAGAAACAUUGCAAGAGGUCAAUUAUUUGUCUAUGCACUCCCAGAAUGGGAUAAAAAAAUCCAAAAUGCCUUUCUGUCUCUCUAUGACAGUUUAUUUUGGGAAUGUAAGGCAAAAGGAAAACCAAGCCCUUCCUACAGCUGGCUAAAAAACGGCCAGCCGCUCGCAUCUGAGGAAAGAAUUCAAAUAGAAAAUGGGACUCUUAUCAUACAUAUGCUGAAUAUGUCAGACUCUGGCCUCUAUCAGUGUGUGGCAGAAAACAAGUACGAUACUAUUUAUGCCAAUGCUGAGUUGCGGGUGAUAGCUGCAGCACCAGAUUUUUCCAAAAAUCCUGUAAAAAAAACGUCCGUUGUCCAAGUUGGAGGUGAAGUUACAAUUGGUUGUAAACCGAGUGCUUCUCCCAGAGCAGUCAUUAACUGGAGAAAGGGCUCAGAGGUUCUGCGCCAAAACAAAAGGGUCAUCUUACUAGAGGAUGGCGGUCUCAGGCUCUAUAACAUCACCAAAUCAGAUGCCGGGGUGUACACUUGUAUCGCAACAAAUCAGUUUGGAGUUGCCAGAAAUUCAGGGAACCUGAUUGUGAAAGAAAGGACUGUAAUUACUACUCCACCUUCUAAUAUGGAUGUAACAGUUGGAGAAAGCAUAGUCCUUCCUUGCCAGGUGUCUCACGACCCCUCCGUUCAUGUGGUGUUCACAUGGUCAUUCAAUGGCAAUAGAAUUGAUUUUAACAGAGGAAUGCACCAUUUUGAAAGAAUUGGAAGAGAAUCUGUUGGGGAUUUGAUGAUAAGAAAUAUUCAGCUCCAUCAUUCUGGGAAAUAUGUGUGCAUGGUACAAACAACUUUAGACAGUCAAUCUGCAACAGUAGAUAUAAUUGUAAGAGGCCCCCCAGGUCCACCAGAAGAUGUUAAAGUUGAACACAUUUCUAGCACUACUGCUGUGUUAUCCUGGAAGUCUGGAAUAGAUAAUAAUAGUCCAGUCCAGAUCUACAGUAUUCAGACAAGGACUCCUUUCUCAGUUGGAUGGCAGGCAGUCGCAACAGUUCCUGAAGUCGUUAAUGGUAAGACUCGCAAAGCAACAGUGGUUGACUUAAGCCCUUGGGUUGAGUACGAGUUUCGCGUGGUUGCCAGCAAUAGCGUUGGAGUUGGGGAGCCAAGCAGACCGUCGGCUCUACUGAAAACUAAAGCAGCAGUUCCUGUCGUGGCACCAACGAACGUCAGCGGAGGAGGAGGGAGCCGUUCUGAGCUGGUCAUCACAUGGGAGCCAGUUCCAGAAGAACUACAAAAUGGGGAAGGUUUUGGCUACAUCAUUAUGUUUCGUCCUCUUGGCUCAACAACCUGGACAAAAGCAGUGGUGGCUUCAGUAGAAGCAAACAAAUAUGUUUACAGGAAUGAAAGCAUUACACCCCUCUCUCCUUUUGAAGUGAAAGUCGGGGUCUACAACAACGAAGGAGAAGGAACCCUGAGCUCCGUAUCCAUUGUCUACUCAGGAGAAGACGAGCCGCAGAUAGCACCAGCGGGGGCUUCAGCACUGAGUGUUUCGGCGGCAGAGGUGGAGGUCUCCUGGCAGCCCAUCGCGUGGAACAGGCACACGGGCAGGGUGCUGGGCUAUGAGGUUUUAUAUUGGACUGAUGAUCCCAAGGAAAGCACAGCUGGUAAAGUCAGAGUCAAUGGGAACAUAACAGCCAAAAAUAUCACAGGACUAAAAGCUAACACAGUGUAUUUUGCAACAGUUCGAGCUUACAACACUGCAGGGAUGGGGCCCUCUAGCACCCCGGUAAAUGUCACCACUAAAAAAUCACCACCGAGUCAACCCCCCGCAAACAUUGCCUGGAAGCUGACAAAUUCCAAAAUCUGCUUGAACUGGGAACACGUAAAAACCAUGGAGAAUGAAUCAGAGGUGCUAGGCUACAAAAUUUUGUAUAGACAAAACAGACAUAGCAAAACGCAUAUACUGGAGACAAACAACACUUCAGCUGAACUUCUGGUACCUUUUGAAGAAGAUUAUCUCAUAGAAAUAAGAACAGUCAGUGACGGUGGGGAUGGCAGCAGCAGUGAGGAAAUUAGGAUUCCAAAAAUAUCAAGUUUAAGCUCUGGAGGAAUAAAAUUGUCCCAAAGGGCAAACCAUAUAUUGUCAUCUGGGAUCCUGCUGUUGAGUUCUGUUCUUAUAUACCCGUUUCCUUGA